UCUCGCGACAUUUCCGCAGGUAACGUUGCACAAAACAAGGAAGAAUCUUUUAGUCGUUGUUUGGUCAUUCACAAAAAUGAGUGCUAUAAAGUCCUGCGGGAUUUUAAUAAGCUUUUGCUGCAUACUUACGAGCUCAUCAGCAUCUUCCGAGGUCUUCGAUGGUGUUUUGGGAAACACUGCGUCUUGCCAUAAAACAUGUCAAAUGACUUACAGUUUGCACACUUAUCCACGGGAGGAGGCGCUGUACGCCUGUCAGAGAGGGUGCCGUCUCUUCUCCAUCUGUCAGUUUGUAGGUGACAGCAAGGAUCUCAACGAAACCCAAUCUGAAUGCGAGUCAGCCUGUCGUGAAGCCUACAGCCAAUCGGAUGAGCGCUACGCGUGCAAUCUCGGAUGCCAGAGCCAACAGCCAUUUGCAGAACAAAGGAUGGAGCAGUUGUUGAUGAUGAUGCCCAGAAUCCAUCUCCUAUACCCGCUGACUUUGGUGAGGGGUUUCUGGGAAGACAUGAUGAGCCAAGCCCACAGCUUCAUCACCUCAUCCUGGACAUUUUAUCUCCAGGCAGAUGAUGGCAAAGUAGUCAUUUUCCAGUCUGAGCCACAAUUUCAGUUUAUCCCUCAAUUUGAAUUCCAGACCGACGAGACCGAAGAGUCACAGAGCACUUUUGUAGAUCAGGGGAUGAAAAGCCCUGUCUAUAAAGACUACCCAAAGAGCUUCAUUCAGGAGAGAGACAGAGACAUGUUCAAUGAUAGAAGCAACUCUGAUGACGAUUACAAGCUCUUCAACUGCCUUUCAAGGAACCCGUGGUUGCCUAGCUGGAUCCUGACCACCACUCUGGUUCUGUCUGUCUUUGUUCUGAUCUGGAUCUGUUGUGCCACAGUGUCCACUGCUGUUGAGCAGUAUGUCCCUGCUGAGAAGCUAAGCAUAAAUGGGGAUAUGGAGUACAUGAAGGACACGAAACUGACCCCUUAUCUGCAGUCUUCUCUAGUGAUCAUCAGAUCUCCUGGGGUGGAGGAGCAGGAAGCGGGACCCCUUCCGUCAAAGGUCAAUCUGGAUCAGUCUAACAUUUAGUCAGUCUAACAUCCAAAGGAAUUGGGGUCUCAUAGAUGUGGUUUUCUCUGUUAAAGGUGUGAUUAUUGCUCUAACUCAUUUACUAUGGGUUUCUCCUUUUUCAAAUUUGAUAAGCGUGGACUAUGGGGAAUAUAUUGUGUUGAUGUUUUGGCACUUUAAAGGCAUUACCUAUCAGAAUGAAAGCUCUGUAGUAGGAGCUCAGUUUUCCAGGUUACUACCCAUUUGUAGAAAUGAAGGUUUUCUUUUUUCUUUU